AUGCCCCGCGGCUUCCUGGUGAAGCGCAGCAAGAAGUCCACGCCCGUGUCCUACCGGGUCCGCGGUAGCGAGGACGGUGACCGCGCGCUGCUGCUCUCGCCAGGCUGUGGGGGCGCCCGCGCCGAGCCCCCGGUGCCAAACCCCGGGCCGGGGCCGCUGCGUCCCCCACUCCCCCCGACCGCCGCCCUGCGUCCCCCGGGCAAGCGGCCCGCGGCCCCGUCCGCCGUCGUCGCUGAGCCGCCCGCCAAGGCAGCCAAGGCCCCAAGCGCCAAGAAACCCAAGGCCAUACGCAAGUUACACUUCGAGGACGAGGUGACCACGUCGCCGGUGCUGGGGCUCAAGAUCAAGGAAGGGCCCGUGGAGGCGCCGCGGGGCCGCGCGGGGGGCGCGGCGCGGCCGCUGGGCGAGUUCAUCUGCCAGCUGUGCAAGGAGGAGUACGCCGAUCCGUUCGCGCUGGCGCAGCACAAGUGCUCGCGCAUCGUGCGCGUGGAGUACCGCUGCCCCGAGUGCGCCAAGGUCUUCAGCUGCCCGGCCAACCUGGCCUCGCAUCGCCGCUGGCACAAACCGCGGCCCGCGCCCGCCGCCGCGCGUGCGCCGGAGUCCGAAGCCGCCACCCGGGCCGAGGCGCGCGAGGUUAGCGGCGGCGGCGGAGGCGGCAGCGACCGGGACACGCCGAGCCCCGGCGGCCUAUCCGAGUCGGGCUCCGAGGACGGGCUCUACGAGUGCCAUCACUGCACCAAGAAGUUCCGCCGGCAGGCCUAUCUGCGCAAGCACCUGCUAGCACAUCACCAGGCGCUUCAGGCCAAGGGCGCGCCCCCGGCGCCCCCGGCUGAGGACCUACUGGCCUUAUACGCGGGGCCCGACGAGAAGGCGCCGCUGGAGGCGGCCGGCGACGGCGAGGCGGCCGGCGUGCUGGGCUUGAGUGCACCCGCCGAGUGCCACCUGUGCCCAGUGUGCGGGGAGACGUUCCCCAGUAAGGGCGCCCAGGAGCGCCACCUGCGCCUGCUGCACGCCGCGCAGGUGUUCCCCUGCAAGUACUGCCCGGCCACGUUCUACAGCUCGCCGGGCCUCACGAGGCACAUCAACAAGUGCCACCCGUCCGAGAACAGACAGGUGAUCCUCCUGCAGGUUCCCGUGCGCCCGGCCUGCUAG